UGGCAGGGCCUCCUCCUUCUCAAGCAAUCACUGCACUGGAUCCCAGGACACAGUUCUUUGCCUUCUGGAAUGUGGCGGGUCUCCACGUCCCACGCUGCGCCACCCCAUCGGUCUCCAGCCUUGUCAGCUCUACUCCAAAGGGCCCUGCCCACAGGCCAUGUCAUCCUCCACCCGAGUGGCGCUGGUCACCGGGGCCAACAAGUGCCUUGGUUUUGCCAUAGUGCGUGACCUGUGUCGGCGGUUCCCGGGGAAAUUGGUGCUCAUGGCACGGGACGAGGCGCGGGGUCGGGCAGCCACACAGCAGCUGCAGACCAAGGGCCCGAGCCCCCUUUUCCACCAGCUGGACAUCACUGACCUGCAGAGCAUCCGGGCACUGCGAGACUUCCUGCGCAAGGAGUACGGGAGCCUCGACGCACUGGUCAACAACGAGGCCAUCGCCUUCCAGAAGUGGUACACAGGAGGUCAUAUGGGCUUCUUUCACUCAGCCUCCCCUGAUGAUGCCAUCUUAUGUAAGUAUAAAGCAGUAUCAACCACAAAACACCCAUUGGUGCAAUACCGUUCACUAACACCAAACAUUGCUAGAGGAAAACAGAGUUCACGGAAAAAAUACUGUAUCAAGUAAGCAUUUUUACCAUAUGGCUUGUGUUUAUUAGCCCUAUUCUUUUUCUAUCCUAAAAGUUGGUGAUCCCACACCAAUUGAAAUUCAGGCAGAAGCGACCAUGUAAACAAACAUCCUUGGUACCCAAGCUGUGUGCACAGAGCUCUGGCCUCUGAUAAAAUGCCGAGGUGAGUCCAAUGGAGCCCAAACUGCAGGGUUUCUGGCAAGAUCUGAGCCCACCUGCAUCUGGUCUCAUCCUUCUCAGCUGCACUGACUUCCACCUGGUGGUCACUCGGCAGGAUGCCCGGUGGCCUCUGGUCCCUCUACACCCUGCCCGAGUCGUUGGUGCUCUCUGUCCAUCUGCACUUUGCACAUUUGGCUCUUUCUUCUCUUUCCCAUCUUAGUUCAAAGGUCUCCUCCAAGAGGCCCUUCACGUGCUCCAUGCCCAUCACAGGGGGUGUCCUCUCAGGAGUCUCUCCCAGACCUUCUCUCUCCCGUGCCCCUCUCAGAGUGACCUGAUUUGGGUUUGUGGUGCUCAUACUACCACAUUCAUUCGACCCCUGAAGACUUUUCUGCUUCUGGCCACCAGAGUGUUUCUUCCUAUGGCACUGACAUGGUGUAUUACCAAUACAGGUUUCUAGAUGCUAAACCAAGUAUACAUACUUCGGUCUUUAAGGUUCAGGAAGUCCCCAGACUAUCCUGAAGUUCAAUAAUUCACUGUAAGGACCGAGAACUAGGCAAACAGCUAUUAUAUUCAAAAGGACAUGGUUUUAGAAAGGUGGACAGUUACUCAGUUCAGCAGUGGUUAAAGGUCUCAUGGCCCAGGGUCUAAGAAGCCCAGUAUGGAGCUGGGACUUGACGUCUCCCUGCAGACCCUGGGGGCACCACGUAUUUCUCCCCCAAACAGCCUGUGUCAGACACAAGGGGUAUUACCAAGCAGUGGGCUCGACCCAGCCUUGAUGUCCAGGGUUCUUGGUGAGGGGUGGUCACGCAGGCAUGGCCCACUGCCCUCAUGGCGGGCCCUGCUCUCCAGCCCAUCCAGGGGUCCAGCUAAUACCAGCUAGGCCAAGGCCGCCACCAUACUCACACACGAACAUGGACUAGGUAACCUGACCCUCAAACAAGUAAUUGAGGACAGUCUUCUCAGGCAAGGAUGUUCAGGCUUCACUGUUACCUCCCAGAUGUCCUGGAAUAGGGCUGAAGCUUCCUCUGGCCAAGCUUAGCCCCUUACUUAUAGAGAACACCCUCUGCACCUUCCUUAAGACUCCCUUACAUCAAAAGGAUCAUCGAGCAUCUAAGUUUAGCCUAGAUUUUAUUUAACAGAUACAGAAAGAGUACAGAAAUAACAUCUCUCAUCGGGGGCAGCCAGAGUGGGGUUGGAGUAGUUGAGAGCAACAGAUAUUCCAGCUUCUAAAGCCACUACUUCCAUUUUCAUGUGUUUCUACUGAUACUAAUUUGUUUUCAAUUUUUAUUGGAAGAUGGUUGCUUUGCAGUAUUGUGCUGGUUUCUGCCAUACAUCAACAUGAGUCAGCCACAGGGAUACCUACGUCCCCUCCCUCCUGAACCUCUCCC